AUGCAGCUGGAUGAAAAAGAAGAUGCUCAUAAUGGUUUGAAUGAAGAACAAUGGAACACUAGAUUGAAAGCAAGACAAGAUUACUGCAAUUUAGCUAUUGCCAAAGCUGAGAAAUGGAGAAGAAGGAGCAGAACCAACCACAUUAUUCAAUUUGAGAAUAACACUAAAUAUUUUCAUAAGCUUGCCUCAGAUAGGAGAAGAAGAAACUACAUUGGUGCUAUUAAAGUUGAUGGUGUAAUGAGUACAGAUAUUGAGACAAUUAAGCUUGGAAUUGUUGAUCAUUUUAAAUCAACUUUUCAACAUCAGUCUAAUAGAAUUACUUCCUUAAAUUCAAUGCAACUCAAUUGCAUCUCUGAGGAAGUAAGAGAUUGGUUUGAGUUGGAUGUAAAUGAAGAAGAGUGCAUUUCUGUAAUAAAGCUUUUGGGUCAGAACAAAGCUCUAGGGCCUGGUGGAUUUGCUGUAAGUUUCUAUUUACUCUAUUGGGACAUCAUUAAAAUUGAUUUGAUGAAGAUUUUUUAUGAAUUACAGUAUAAUAAUUUCUUCGAAUGGAGAUUGAAGAACACUUUUAUUUCUCUUAUCCCUAAAAAGGAUACAGUGGAGGAGAUAAAAGACUUUAGGCCUAUUAGUUUAAUCCAUGGUGUGUACAAGAUUAUUUCUAAGGUUUUAGCUGAAAGACUGAAAGUGGUUCUUCCUUCAAUUAUAUCUUCUCAACAAACUGCUUUUAUAAAAAACAGACAAAUUCUUGAUGGGGUUUUUGUUGCUAAUGAGUUAAUAGAUUCUAGAAUAAGAAGUGGUAAACCCGGUCUUUUGUGCAAAAUUGAUUUUGCAAAGGCUUUUUAUCAUCUACUGGUUACUUCAAAAGUUGUAAAGGAAUUAGGCAAGGAGACCCCUUGUCACCUUUUCUUUUUCUCCUUCAAAAAUUUUGUUGUUGGUUAUGAUGGUGACUUGCAUCUUUACUCUGAUCUUUUGGGCUGUCUCUCUGAUACCCUACCAACAAUUUAUCUUGGCCUUCCACUGGGAGACAAAUACAAGGGCAUAACUAAAUGGGAAAGAGUAAUUGAUAAGAUCAUUGCAAGAUUUCCAGGUUGGAAAAAACCUUUGAUAAAGAGAGCUGGUAAAGUAACUCUUAUUAAGAGUGUUCUAGCUAGCCUCCCAACUUAUUACAUGUCUUUAUUUGAGAUGCCAGCCUCUGUGACUAAAAGUAUUGAGAAAAUUAUAAGAGAUUUUUUAUGGGAUGAUAGCAGUGGUAAGAAGAAGCAUCAUUUGGUAAAAUGGGAUAUAUUGUACAAGAAGAAGAAAAAAGGAGGUCUAGGAAUCAAAAAUUUGAGAAAAAUGAAUCAAGCUUUGUUAACCAAAUGGCAUUGGAGAUAUGCAAAAGAAGAAGCAUCAUUUGGUAAAAUGGAAGGAAAGUGUCAAGGAAAAGUAUGGUAUGUUUGGAAGGGAGUUAUGAAAUGCAGAGAUAUUUUCAAAAGUAACAUUAAAUUUAAGCUGAACAAAGGCACUAAGAUCAUAUUUUGGCAAGAUAAUUGGCUUCUCUCUACAUGUUUGCAGUCUACUUUUCCUAAUUUAUAUGCUAUCUCAAGGAAAAAAACUAGUUUUGUUGCAGAUUGUUUCAUUGAAGAUGCUGAUGGUUUGAGAUGGGAUUUGGGCCUUCCAAGAAGAUUAAUCUCAAAUAUUAGAACUGAAAUGAACUGGUUGAAAGCUGAGCUUGCUAAUGUCACUUUUAACACUCAAGAAGAAGAUAUUCUGUAA